AAACACACAAUGAUACUAUCACCACCACCACCAGUGCCACAUGUACCACCACUUCACUCACCCACGCGCCACCUCACACGACGGCCAACACCCACUUUCCUCCGCCCAAUAUUAUACCCACAAAGAACUGCCGGUCUGGCUGCAUUAGGCCGUGACGUGGACACAUUUACUGAAUCAUCUGGAUAUUUAUUUGAACUCAGCACUUCAGAAGCAGAAUCUUUAACAGAUUAUAGUAUCUCCAAAAUAUCGUCAAUUUAUCGUAAUAAACCGUUUAUCGUGCUUCGAAGACUUUUGCAGAUUGGAAAUACUCUUGGCAAAUGGGUCGCGCUUCGAUAUAUCGAUAGCAUUUCCGACCGUUCUGAUUUGAUGUUUCAGGUAAGAGCAUUGCAGUUGCGACAGAUACUGGCGAAGCUUGGACCAGCUUAUAUAAAAAUUGCUCAGGCUAUCUCAUCUAGACCUGAUUUGAUACCUCCAUCAUAUCUUGAUGAACUGUCGUUAUUGCAAGACCGUAUUUCACCAUUUUCUACUAAAGUGGCAUUUAGCACGAUUGAGAAAGAACUUGGGUUACCACUAGACCAACUUUUCUCUGAGAUAUCACCAGAACCUGUGGCUGCAGCAUCUCUUGGCCAGGUCUACCAGGCUAGACUCCUAGGUAGUGGAGAGUUGGUUGCUGUUAAAGUGCAGCGGCCUGGGGUCCAAGCAGCCAUUUCGUUGGAUAUAUUAAUCUUGCGUACUCUUGCAGGACUGAUUCGGAGAGCAGGGAAAUUCAAUACUGACCUUCAGGCUGUUGUUGAUGAAUGGGCAUCAAGCCUCUUUCGGGAGAUGGAUUACGUUAAUGAAGCAAAAAAUGGAAUUAGGUUCAGAGAGUUAUAUGGGAGUCUUAAGGAUGUUAUGGUUCCAAAUAUGUAUGUAGAGAGAACAACUCGUAAGGUCCUCACUAUGCAGUGGAUAGAGGGCCAGAAAUUAUCCGAGGUGAAGGAUCUUUAUCUGGUUGAGGUAGGAGUGUACUGCUCAUUUAAUCAGCUUCUAGAAUAUGGGUUUUAUCAUGCGGAUCCUCAUCCCGGAAACCUACUUCGUACAUAUGAUGGAAAACUAGCCUAUUUAGAUUUUGGAAUGAUGGGUGAAUUCAAGCAAGAACUCCGUGAUGGUUUCAUUCAAGCCUGUCUUCAUCUAGUGAACCGUGAUUAUGAUGCGUUGGCUAAAGACUUUGUUACUCUUGGGCUGCUUCCUGCAACAGCCGACAAGGAUGCCGUCACAAAGGCAUUAACAGGGGUUUUUCAGAACGCUGUUGCCAAAGGAGUGAGGAAUAUCAGCUUUGGGGAUCUUUUAGGAAAUCUUGGAACCACCAUGUACAAGUUCAAAUUUCAGAUUCCCUCAUAUUUUUCUCUCGUGAUUCGGAGCCUUGCUGUUCUAGAAGGUAUUGCAAUCAACAAUGACCCAAAUUAUAAAGUAUUAGGUGGUACAUACCCAUGGAUUGCCAAGAAAGUUUUGACUGACAGUUCGCCCCAACUAAGGUCUUCCCUGCAAACUCUUCUUUAUGAGGACGGAGUGUUCCGGAUUGACCGUUUGGAGUCUCUGCUAUCAGAGUCCCUUCGUGCCAGAACAGAAAAGGCUUUGGUUAAAGUAGAAGACAACAACUCCAAUGUGGUUAUCAAGCAGAUUAUGUCAUUCACAUUGACAGAGAAGGGUGCUUUUGUGAGGGAAAUACUUCUUCAAGAAUUUGCGAAGGGUGUGGAUGCACUCGGGCUUGCAACCCUGGAAUCUUUGACAUCUGCAGCAACUGCAAGCCUACCAUUUGCCCCAUCCCCUCCAUCUUCACUAACGAAUGAAGAUUUCAUCAACUUGAGAAACUUGCACCGCCUUCUUCAACUAUUAUCAGGGUCUCCAAAGAUCGAAGAUUCUGAGACGGGAGAUGUAGCAUUCAGUAUAUACGCCAACAGAAGAACAAAUUCAGAAGAGGUAUCUUUAGUCCUCAAUGAGUUCACAUCUAUUCAAGAGAUACUGCCACUGCUUAAUGUUAUUCCCGAGCUCCCUCCAGAUUUGCAGCGACAGUUAAUUAGGCUUCCUGUUGAUCUGGUUGGAAAGGUGGUCUCCCGAGUUGUUGCAAGAACAUUACGAAGGGUGUUGCUAUAGAAUCUGCCCUGUCUCUCACCAUACAAAGGCAAGUAAAUGGUCUCAUACAGUGACAUACUUUUUUGAGUAUACAGUUAAUUAGUGUUUGUCUUGGUUUUGUUGGCAUUUGCUGGAAAGUAAAAUAAAAUUUUUACGAAUAAUCAUGUUGAUUAUUUGGCAUUUCGUAGUUAAUUCCAAUUACACGUAAGCUAAUUGAUUUUAAGAUUGUAUUUGGUUUUUUAAGUCUUGACUUUUGAGGAAGUUGCAAAUGUUCAAAAUUGUAUGAAAAUGGAUGAUUUGGUAAUAUAUUUCUUCUGUGGUUAAUUUU